GCACAUCGCCAUGGAGGAACUAAGGGAAAGGCGGAACAAGAGGGAGGGAAGGCAUAGGGACACAUGGGAUCCCUUCCAGCUGAACCCCAUUGGUGCAGAGAAGGAGACGAAGAAGAGAUGCAUGCGGUUCGUGCAGUACAUGGUGGCCGUCAUGGUGGGAAUUCUUGUGCUGGUGGCCGGAGUUCUCAGCAAGGGGGCUCUCCUGAUCAUGUGCACCGUGUCCGGUCCCACGGCUAUGGCUGAGCAGAGGGAAAAGCAGUACUACACACUGCUGCUCACCGUGUCCCUGGUGGUGCCCAACUUCCUGGUCUUCCUCAAGUCCCUCUGGAAAUGUGCCUUCAAGAGUUCCUUCCAUACCCCCAAUAUGAAGAUGAUGGGAUCGAUUUGCCUGAUCGAGAGCCUGGUGGCCUUGGGGACGGGUAUCCUGGUGCUGAUCGUCAUGCCCCAGUUCGACAUCCUCACCAACCUCUUCAUCUCCGGCGGGGUCAGCCUGGUCUCCUCCCUGCUCCAGAUCGGCUUCCGCCUCCAGUUCCGCACGCAGGAGAACUGGAAGAUCAUCUUCCCCAUCUGCUCCGUGUUGCUGGUCUUGACUGGCUACUCACUCUUGGGCGCGGACUAUUGGGUACGCGAAACGACCCAUAACUAUAUUGACUAUGGUCUCAACCAAUCUUAUUGGUAUGUCCUGCUGGCCAUAGUGGCGUCCACGCUCGUAUCGCUUAACUGGUGGGAGAAUCCGUUCCAAGCAAGCAACAAGCUGCAGCAAGAGCUGGCCGACCUGGACAAAUACAGAGACUUUGUGUUCGUUUUCUCCAGCCUGCUGAGGAUCUUUAUCGUGGGAGCCGUGUGGGUUUUGUAUUACUCUUUCAUUGCGCCAGAGAAAAUCGUCUGGGACAACUUCACGAACCUCACGCCAGAGAUGCUCAACCAGGGCCUCAGUGUCUUCUUCCUGCAGACCAUCUGCUCCAUGCUGUGCCACUGGUUCGGCCUGGUGGCGUGUAAGAUCCAUGCGGUGAGGAUGAGCUUUGCCGUCCCCGUGGCCCUCACGGGUCCUGCCACCCUGCUGCUGGGACUGUUCCUCUUCGUCAUCCGAGCCCAUCUCCUCGAGACCCCCGAAACUGAAAGGGCUGACAUAGUCAACCCGUUCUUUGGCUUCUGCGCGCAUUUGAAAGGUCUGGAGAGCGAACCACGCAAUGCAACUGUGGUGCUGAUCGAAGUGUGCAGGAGCGUUUGCCGCACCUCCCUGAACAACAGGUAUGCGGUGUGGCCGGUGUCCAUGCUCGCUCUGGAAGGGGUCUGCAUGUGGGUUGGACUGCUGUGUGCCGCGCGAUUUGUGUGGAAGACCAAGGUGCAGAGGAUUGAAAGGACCUCACAGCUCUUUGUCCGUCGCCUCUACGAAGCCGCCUUCAUAGACCAGUCGCUUCUGCUCAAUGUUCGAAUGAAGGUUGUCCGAGCACAAAACGAGGAAAAUAAGGACAAAUUGGAGGAUUGCAUGAUCUACUUCUGCGCCACCAUGUGGCACGAGACCUACGAUGAAAUGCUCAAGAUUCUGACGUCGAUGUUCAGAUUUGACCGGUACAGAGGAGAUCCAAAGGAGGAACACAGCGACAGCUUUGACUUUGAAUGCCACAUAUUGGUGGACGACGCCUACAUGAAAGAGAAACUCACGGACAGGAGAGUGGUCAAUGAUUAUGUCAACGAUCUGAUCCAUGUUGUCAUAGAGGUGUACAGGGUGUUUACAAACAAAGAGCCUGAUGAAGUCUCGAUCAUUGAAACUCCCUAUGGCGGACGUCUGGUUUUUGUCAUGCCGGAGGGAAACAUGUUGUAUGUUCACCUAAAAGAUAAAGCUUUGAUCCGCAACAAGAAACGAUGGUCACAGAUAAUGUAUAUGUACUACCUCCUUGGAUGGAAAGGAUACCAAUCCAAAAACCCACCAAAGAUACCUCCACAGAAUUUAGAUUGCCGCCGUGGCAGUCUGAUUUCAUUAGAUGGAGAAAGCUACCUUUUGCAAAACGACACUAAGAGACGGCACAUUGCUGAUGACCACACCUACAUCUUGGCUCUGGACGGAGAUACUGACUUCCGUCCUGAAGCUGUCAUUCUGCUGGUGGAUCGUCUCAGGAUGUAUGACAACGUGGGGGCAGCCUGCGGACGAAUCCACCCCACUGGAAUGGGUCCAAUGGUUUGGUAUCAGAAGUUUGAGUAUGCUGUUGGUCACUGGCUUCAGAAAACUGCGGAGCACGUCUUCGGCUCUGUGCUGUGCAGUCCUGGAUGCUUCAGUUUGUUCAGAGGCUCCGCCAUCAUGGACGACAACAUCCUGAAGCGAUACACCACUAAAGCCACCAGAGGAUCAGAGUAUGUCCAAUAUGACCAAGGUGAGGACCGCUGGCUGUGCACUCUGCUGCUGCAACAGGGCUGGAGGGUGGAGUACAACGCCGCCUCAGACGCCUACACCAACUCGCCGCAGGAGUUUGCGGAGUUCUACAACCAGCGGCGACGCUGGGGGCCCUCCACACUGGCCAACACCCUGGACCUGCUGGGCAGUGGCAAAGAAACGGUUAAGAAGAACACCUCCAUCUCAGGCCUGUACAUCUUCUACCAGAUCUUCACCGUGGGAUCCUCCAUUCUUGGCCCGGCCUCCGUCACCUUGAUGGUAGCAGGUGCUUUCCAGUUUGUGUUCAAGCUGGCAGGAACUAUCUCCAUCAUCAUCUCGUCAAUACCACCUGUCAUCUACAUCAUCAUCUGCUUCACAACUAAAUCAAACUUCCAAAUCACCAUUGCCGCCAUUAUGAGCGUCUUGUAUGCCUUCCUGAUGACGGCAUCAUUCUUUUCCAUCAUAGGUGACAUGGUGACCCAGGGAACAUUCAUCACCCCCACGGGCAUCUUCCUGAUCUCCAUGGCGAUCAUGUACUUGGUGACGGCCAUCCUGCACCCGCAGGAGUUCUCCAACAUCAUCUACGGCCUCAUGUACUUCAUCUGCAUCCCUAGCGGGUACCUGCUGCUCACCAUCUACUCCCUGGUCAACAUGAACAACGUCUCCUGGGGGACGCGCGAGUCCAGCAACAGAGAGGAAGGCGCCGCCAGGUUGGGCGUGCUGUGUGACCGCACCUGCAAGCUCUGCUGCUGGGACAUGACGUGCCAGGUGACCCAGGAGACGGAGAGCCUGCUCCUGCAACAGGUGCAGCAAGCCGUCGGGCCCCGCGGUCAGCCCACACCACCAGGAGCAGCAGGAGCAGCAGGAGGAGCCGCAGGAGGAGGAGGAGCAGCAGCAGCAGCAGCAGCAGCAGCAGCAGUGCCUGUGGAGCAGGGGGCGGAGAAUGGGCAACAGCAUGACCAACCAGAUGCAAGGCCAGAGAAGAAAGAGGAAGCACAGAAAACACAGCGUAACUUAAGGAUGAGGAAAGGAGCGAGGAAAGACUCAAGCUCAGACUCAGGGUCUGAAAAAAGUCAUAGCACUGAUAGUGAUGCAACGGCCCAUGCAAUUUAUGAAAAUGACGACGAUGACGACGAUGAUGAUGACAACAUGAUUGCAGAUGACAUGGACAGUAUUGCUGCCCUGCCAGAAAGUGAGUGGGUGUCCCCGGUCAAGGCUGAGUUCAUGAAGAAGCUGACGUACUUCAACCUGAAGAGGAACCUGCAGGCCCAGAUCCGCUACACCUUGCGCGCCAAGAACCAGGACGACGUGUGCGAGGAUCUGGUGAUGAACCUAACGGAUGUGGUGAACUCGGAGCUGAACGAGGUGGUGGGGCCGGAAGACGUGCUGGAGGAGUCGCAGCUAGAGGAGCUGCAGUACGCGCUGAACGAGGCGGCGCGACGCAUCCUGAAGACCAACCGGAUGGAGAGGCUGGACAGGAGGGUGAAGCGGGCCAUCGAGAGGACCCUGAUGGCUCCGCAGGUGGAGCCGCUGGCUGAGGACGAGACGGAUUUCUGGCACAAACUGCUUGAACGAUAUCUGAAACCCAUCAAUGACCCCCAAGAGCAUAAGGAAAACGUGGAGAGAGAGCUGAAGGCGCUCAGAAACAGGGCAGUCUUCCUGUACUUCAUGCUCAACCUGCUGUGGGUCGUCGCCACGUUCUUCUUACAAGCCAUCGGCACGGAAACCCUGAGCAUCAAGAUCCCCAAGUUCGACCCUGUUUCUGGAAACGUGACCGGAGACAUGAAUAUCGAACCAGUCAGCCUGAUGUUCCUGCUGUCCUUCGCGGUCCUUCUAAUCGUCCAGUUCUUGGCCAUGCUGUAUCAUCGAGUGUACACACUAAUCCACGUAGUGUCCUACAGAAGUACAGAGAAAGAUUAUGUUAAGACGGAGGAUGGUGACGAGGUGAGCAAUGAUUUUUGUCCAUGUACACCAGCACAAAUUACGAGAAAAUGCAAAAUCCUAAGACACAGUUAUAUACAGUACACACAGUACAUACGUGUCUUUUGAAAUUGUCCAAAUGAUACAA